UGGCACUGCCAAGAGCAGCCAACACCUCCCAGAAUGAUCAGUAGCGCCUCCCAUGGCGGACUGGUUCAUUAUUCUUAUCUCUCAAAGUUCAUCGUUUCCAAAGGUCAUAUGACCCUUCAAGUUCCCGUAGAGCCAACCAAAGCAAAAAUCAAUUAAUAAUCAGAUUUCUGAUUUUUUAUUACAUUAAAAUUAAGAUAAUUUAUCACAACAGCUCUUCAUAUCAAUGUCUUCAGCGCGUAGAUUAAUGGCGACUAUGUCGAACAAUUGGUCACUGAAGAACGGACUUUCACUUUGGUGUCCUCAGUCUACUUCUCUGAAUCGACUCCCUCGACAGUCCUCAGUCCCUUCCAGAAGCUUCCGAAGAAGCUACACCGUUUUGUCGUCAUCUUUUGCCAACGAGAAUCGAGAAUAUGUGAUAGUUGGUGGAGGAAAUGCAGCUGGAUACGCGGCUCGGACUUUUGUCGAACAUGGAAUGGCCAAUGGAAAGCUUUGCAUUGUGUCCAAAGAGGCAUAUGCGCCAUAUGAACGCCCAGCUUUGACAAAAGGUUAUUUGUUCCCAUCAGAUAAAAAGCCAGCACGGUUACCUGGAUUCCAUACUUGUGUCGGCUCAGGUGGGGAGAGACAAACUUCCGAGUGGUAUAAGGAGCAAGGGAUAGAGAUGCUGUAUGAAGAUCCAGUGACAGGUAUUGAUAUUGAAAAGCAAACUUUGACAACAAAUUCUGGAAAGCUGCUCAAGUAUGGUACACUUAUAAUUUCUACAGGAUGUACAGCCUCAAGAUUUCCAGAGAAAAUUGGAGGAAAGUUACUAGGCGUUCACUAUAUCCGGGAUGUUGCAGAUGCUGAUUCACUUAUAGCAUCACUGGAGAAAGCACGAAAGGUGGUCGUGGUUGGUGGUGGUUAUAUUGGCAUGGAGGUUGCAGCAGCUGCUGUGGGUUGGAAACUUGAUACUACUGUUAUAUUUCCAGAAGACCAUCUUUUGCAAAGGUUGUUUACUCCUUCACUUGCCCGGAAAUAUGAAGAACUCUACCAAGAGAAUGGUGUUAAAUUCAUGAAGGGUGUCUCCAUUGAAAAUUUAGAAGCUGGUUCUGAUGGGCGUGUAGCUGCUGUUAAACUCGGAAAUGGAUCCACCAUAGAUGCAGACACGAUUAUUAUCGGUAUUGGAGCAAAACCUGCUGUCAGUCCCUUUGAAAGUGUUGGCUUAAAUACCACUGUUGGUGGAAUACAGGUUGAUGGUCAGUUCCGAACAAGCAUUCCUGGAAUUUUUGCCAUUGGAGAUGUGGCAGCUUUCCCGUUAAAGAUGUACAACCGGAUUGCACGAGUUGAACAUGUUGACCAUGCUCGACGAUCGGCCCAGCAUUGCAUUAAAGCAUUACUUAGUUCACAAACUCACACAUAUGACUAUCUCCCAUAUUUUUAUUCGAGGGUCUUUGAAUAUGAAGGAAGCCCAAGGAAAGUUUGGUGGCAGUUUUUCGGAGACAAUGUUGGGGAGACUAUUGAAAUCGGGAAUUUUGAUCCGAAGAUAACUACUUUCUGGAUGGACGCUGGUAAACUGAAGGGGGUUCUUCUUGAAAGUGGAAGCCCUGAGGAAUUUCAACUCCUUCCCAAACUUGCGAGGAGCCAGCCUUUUCUUGAUAAAGCUAAACUUAAGAAUGCAACUUCAGUUGAGGAGGCACUAGAAGUUGCCCGAGCUGCCUUACAGGAUGAAGCUGCAGUUUAGUUCAGGAUUACAUAAAUGAAUGUUGCAUAGCAAGCUUGGUACAAACUUCCAUCUUUUUGUACCUAAAUCUUUUCUAGUUCUCACCCAACCUCUUCCUGCAACACAAUCGAAUCAUGUGUAUUAAGAGCGUGAGAGAGAGAGAGAUGCAUCUGGCAGCAGUUUAGCAGAUGUGAUAAUAAUUCUUGACCAAUAAAAUGCGUGUUUGAGAUUUUCUUCAUGGUGCAUUUGGAUG